AGAUUGAGUUGAUAAGAUAAUAAAAGGCUGUGUAAUAAAUAUUUGCUUAGUGAUAAAACACAAUGAGACUAGUAUUUUGUAAAUAGUGCAUAUUGCUCUCGUUUGCUUUCAUUUUAAAAGUGAUUCUAGAAUGGAACACUUCGGUCUCUCACACAUCUUGCAAGAACCGGAUAAAUAUAAUCCAGAUACUUUGGACUUGCUAGUCGACGAUGAGGCGAGAGAAUAUUGGCUCAACACCUGCGAAAGACUUGUAGAAAGAAAUGUGAAUUACGCACUGGCCAACACGGAUGAUCCGACUGUAGAAAUACGAGCACUAAAAUAUAAGACAUGUUACGUGGAGGCCCUUAAAGAGUUGAGGAUUAAUCCACUUGCUCAUGGGCAGUUGACAAUACGAUUACUUCUUGACAUCAACGAAACAUGCCUUCGUUCUCAGGGGUUCUUUGAUUUGUGGAAACAACAGAAGAAAUAUGAUAAUGAAAAUGCACUUGCUAUGCUUAGUUCAAGAUUGGCUGAAAUUGAUGCAAUAGCCAAUGAUCGACAGCGCUGGGUAGAACUUUGUAGAGGAGUUCUAGCAGGUAACAUGUUUGAUUGUGGAGCCCAGGCUGUUGCUGCCAUUUUAGACUGCGGACUUUAUGGUGCUUUGCAAAAAAUACAAAACAGACCAUGGCUUUAUGAUGGUCUUGAUAAAUGGCUGGAUAAAUUAGAGACAACUGUUCAUCGCUGUGCAGCUAUAUUUGUGGACAACAGUGGUGUAGACAUAGUACUAGGAGUUCUGCCAUUUGUGCGCGCAUUGAUACUGCGAGGCACCUCUGUUAUUCUGUGUGCUAAUGAGUGGCCAGCUCUCAAUGAUGUCACUAAUGUUGAGCUUGAAGACAUUGUGCAGCAGGCUGCAUUAAUUUGUCCUGUUAUAUCAGCUGCACUUGCUAUGGGAGAUUUAGUUGUAAGAUCCAGUGGCCAAAGAGGACCAUGUCUCGAUCUUAGGACUAUUAAUAUAGGUCUUUGUACUGAAAUGAAGAUGCGUGGGGUGGAUUUGAUUAUAUUGGAAGGAAUGGGAAGAGCUGUACAUACAAAUUUUAAAAAGAAUAAUACAAGAUUUGCAGUGGAUUCACUGAAGUUAGCUGUAGUAAAGAAUGCAUGGUUGGCACAACGUCUUGGCGGCCCAUUGUUCUCUGUGAUUUUUAUUUAUGAAGACAAACCAACACAAACAUAACAAAGAAUUUUCUUUUUUAUUGAUAAAUGUGUAAGAAUAAAAAUACAUGUGUUUACAUACCACAGUAUUCAUUUAGAAUCUAGACAAUUUAUAUUCUUCAAGCCUUCAUACUUGAUUCAGUUUUUGGAUUUUCAACUAUAAUUUAAUUUGUAUUAACACUAGUAUUUUUUCGAAAUAAAUAUAUUGAGUGUUACACAGA